AUGCGAUUUCGAGAAGAAGGGUUCAUUGUUUUCACGACCUUGCUCCCUCAUGAGGCCCGGAACCAUUUGGACCACCAAGGGAUUCAUGUCUUCGACUCCGACGUGACCAGUGACAAAGAUACCGAAGCCCUCCUAGAGCAAGUUCAAAGGAUAUCCAAUGGCCGGCUGGACGUCCUGGUCAAUAACGCAGGAAUUUGUUAUACCAUGCCCGCAACUGAUACAGAUGUUCACGAAGUGGAGAAGAUGUUCGCGGUGAAUGUCUUCGGCCCAAUGCGGAUGGUCCAUUUCUUCCAUGCUCUGCUGGUGGAAUCAAAAGGUGUGGUGGUCAACAUCGGGUCAAUUGGUGGCAUUGUGCCUUACAUUUAUGGAGCGAGCUACAACGCCAGCAAAGCCGCUCUUCAUCACUAUGGUAACACAUUGCGUGCUGAAUUAAAGCCUUUUGGGUAUGUCCAUUUCAUUAAUCGGCUAUCUCCGACUUGGUCUUCAGACGGUCUACUGACAAGUAUACAGAGUCCGAGUGUCACAAUUACCCCUGCCCAGUAUGCUGCCGCCAUUGUGCGGGAAGUGCAAAAGUCCCGCCCAGCAGCUUGGUUCUGGUACGGAGCACGAACUGGGAUGUGCCGAUGGGGCGACAUGUUCUUACCACGCACGUAUUGGGACGGGCUAUUUGCAAAGUGGUUCCAAUUCGAGAAGUUGGAGCGCGCCCCUAGACAACAGCGUCACAAAUUUGAAACACAUUGA